CGUGCUUGGUUCUCACGAGCUCGCGCACGCCGCUGCUCGCAGUCCGGGGCUUUCGCGGCCUCUUCCUCUUGCAUCCAGGCCCGGGAGUGUGCGCUUCGACCGCGGCGGGGAGCCGGAAUCCCGCGUCCACCUCGCCGCCUUCGCUGCCUGCCCCUCGGCCUCGGACGCUCCGCGCGGCUCGGAGGCCCAGCCCAUGGGAAGCCCGUGGACGCGCUGAGGCGCCGGACGACGAGCCGCUGCGAAAAUGAUGCAUCCUGUUGCCGGCAGCAAUCCAGCUUUCUGUGGGCCUGGCAAGCCUUCCUGCCUCAGUGAGGACACCAUGAGAGCUGCUGAGCAGUUUGACAUAUAUUCCUCACAGCAAAGCAAAUACAGCCACACGGUUAGCCACAAACCCAUGGUUUGUCAGAGGCAAGACCCAUUAAAUGAAACACACUUGCAGACUACAAGUGGCAGAAGCAUAGAGAUAAAAGAUGAACUAAAGAAAAAGAAAAAUCUCAACCGAUCUGGUAAGCGUGGCCGGCCUUCGGGAACCACCAAAUCAGCAGGAUACCGGACCAGCACGGGCAGACCCCUGGGAACCACCAAAGCUGCGGGAUUUAAGACCAGUCCAGGCAGACCUCUGGGCACAACUAAAGCUGCGGGAUACAAAGUCAGCCCAGGGAGGCCUCCGGGUAGCAUUAAGGCUCUGUCCCGCCUUGCUGAUCUUGGUUACGGCUGUGCCACUGCUGCCUUUCCUUACCCUAUGAUGCAUGGCAGAGCAAUGCACGGGGCAGAGGAGAGCAGCAGUGAGGUCAAGCCACCCAGUGAGUGACGGUGGCGGGAGAGGAGGCCAGGUUCAGAAGGAAGACGGUGAAUUAUUCCAAAGCUUCUUGGUUUUAUUUUAACGUAAAUAAUUUUAUA